AUUAUAUUAAAAUGUCUUUAGGUGUUCCUCUUAAAAUAAUGCACGAAGCAGUUCAUCAUAUAGUAACAGUUGAACUUAAGACGGGUGAGAUGUUUACAGGAUAUAUGGCAGAAGCAGAAGUAAUUAUUAAUUAUAAUCAAAUAAUAAUAAUAGGAUACAAUGAAUGUUAGAUUGGAUGAAGUAUAAAUGGUUACGAGAGAUGGAAGACCUAUGUCAUUAGAAUAAGUUUAUUUGAGAGGUAGUCAAAUUAGAUUUGUUGUGAUUCCUGAUGUAUUUAAAUAUGCACCUAUGUUCAAAAAAAUCAGAGCCAAUGCUAAAAGCAAAAAUAUGUAAUAAAUCAGAGAAAAAGCCAGAUAGGUUAGAGGUAUACUAUUCAUUUAAAUACAUUUAUAGAGGAAUUAGUGCCUCGUAUUAAAUAGGGUUUAGAGUAAUAAAAGAAAUGAUC